AUGUCUUUCUUCCACCGACUAUUCAAAUUUCGAAUAUUCAAAUUUCGUACAACUCUCGCCGAAGAACUAGAAGAUCUUCAUACAGAAUCCGUUCUUUUACAACAAGCUUUAACUCAAAAUCGCCUUCAGCAACGAGUAUGGACUAAAUGGUUUGCUAUCUAUGCUAUUUUAAUCUACUUGGCUUUAAACAUUACAUACUUCACACUGUUCCUUUCUCAUGAUUAUUUAAUUCGCACCUAUGCAGUGAUGAUUUCUUUAGCUUUGGGAGCUUUAUUGUAUGGAAUAUAUUGGCUUAUUUGUUGGUAUUUUCGAAAAGUUAUUCACAUGAAAGGUUCGUACGAAAUCGAUGAUCUAAGAAAGUUUGCUAAUUCGUUGUUUUAUGUAGAAGAGCGAUUGGCGUUGUUCAAAGAUCGAAAGCAGGAAUUGAUCGAAGAAGUAAAAACAAAAGAGACAUACGCAAAAGCAAAAUCUCUCUUGGAAAAAUACGGUGAAACAGUGACACCACCUGCUCCUCAACCAGCAACACUCACAACGACUGGAAAUGCCAACCCUGAUCUUCGUCAACGCGUAUCGAUCAGACCAGCAGCGCCUGGCACCGACAGACCAGCUGUCACUGUUGUAUCACCAAACAUCGGCCGAUUAGAGCCCACCAAUGCACAAACGCCAGCAGCAGCCGGACCGGUUCGCUUAAAUGGAAAUGCUACACCUGGGAAAUUACCACGAGCUAUCUUGCCACCACAACGAACAUUUUGGGGAGCGAUACUUGAUACUAUUGUCGGUGAUGGGCCAUCGAGACGAUAUGCAUUAAUUUGUAAAUCUUGCAACAGUCAUAAUGGCAUGGCAUUAGAAGAGGAAUUCGAAUAUUUAUCAUUUCGUUGCGCCUAUUGUAAUUAUUUUAACAGUGCUCAUAAGCAAAAGCCUGUUUUUCAUGGUGAUAUUGUCGCACAUGAUCCACCAGCGACAUCAGUUACUCCAACAUCAGAUGAGCCAACUACUACACGUACCGAUUUAUCUUCAUCAGAAUCAUCGGAUUCCCUUGAAGAUAACGGUACCACCAACACAGAUGCCCAUUUAACGAGACGAUCCAUUCGUUUGCCAGCAACAGAAGCUUCUUCUGAAUCUCCAGAAACAACACAUGAUCAUCAUCCCGAUUUGUCAUCGUCAUCAGAAGAGAAGAAUGUGAUUGCUUUUAACUUGCCAUUGUGCGAAUAUAAAAAUGUCUUCUCAGAUGAAGAGAAUAAACACGAAUUGAAUCCGAAUGAAUAUUACAAAAUGCGAUUGAAUCAUGUUCAACGAUUGAAGCAAUCGAAUGAAGUGGUUUAUCCACAUAAAUUUCAUGUUUCAAUAUCAUUAGAAGAUUUCGUUGAGAAAUAUUCCUAUUUAACCAAUGAACAAACCGGAGAAGACGAUAUGGUUUCUGUGGCUGGUCGAAUUUAUUCAAAACGAUCUCCUGGAAAGAAACUUUACUUCUACGAUUUACAUAGUGAUUCAGUUAAAAUUCAAAUUAUGGCUAAUAUCAAAUUCUAUCGGAAUGAAACUGAGUUUGCUGUUGUAAAUGAAAGAAUUCAUCGUGGUGAUAUUGUUGGAGUUAGGGGUAUUCCAACACGAACACGAACUGGAGAGUUAAGUCUAAUGCCGUUUGAGCUGAUAAUUCUGACACCAGCAUUGCAUCAAUUACCAUCAUUACAUUUUGGUCUCAAGGAUAAAGAAACACGUUUUCGUCAACGAUAUCUUGAUCUGUUAAUCAAUGAAUCUGUGCGGCAGAGAUUCAUCAUCAGAGCGAAAAUAAUCAAUUACCUACGACAAUUUCUCAAUGCCAUGGGUUUUCUAGAGGUUGAAACUCCGAUGAUGAACAUGGUCGCUGGUGGUGCUACUGCAAAACCUUUUGUUACAUUUCAUAAUGAUCUUCAAAUGCAAUUGUACAUGCGAAUUGCGCCUGAGCUCUAUCUCAAAAGACUAGUGGUCGGCGGUUUGAACCGUGUCUACGAAAUUGGCCGUGUUUUUCGCAAUGAAAGUAUUGACCUGACUCAUAAUCCGGAAUUUACAAUGUGUGAAUUCUAUAUGGCAUAUGCUGAUUACAAUGAUUUAAUGGAGAUUACAGAAAAAAUGAUUUCGGGUCUAGUUAAAGAUCUAUUUGGAACAUACAAAAUUCACUACCAUGUGAACGGACCUGAUCGAGAGCCCGUGGAAAUCGAUUUUACACCUCCAUUCAAACGGCUGAAUAUGAUGGAAGAUCUAGAAAAGGCAACUGGAGAAAAGUUUCCACCUGCAACCGAAUUAUUAACAUCAGAGUCUAAUCAAUUUUUUGAUAAUCUUUGUAACAACUACAAUAUCGAAUGCAGUCAUCCAAGAACGACUGCACGACUAAUCGACAAGUUAGCAGGCCAUUUCCUUGAAACCCAAUGUCUAAAUCCAACUUUUCUAUGCAAUCAUCCGCAGUUGAUGAGCCCACUGGCUAAAUACCAUCGUUCAAUGCCAGGUCUUACAGAACGGUUUGAAUUAUUCAUUUGCCACAAGGAAGCAUGCAACGCUUACACCGAAUUGAAUGACCCAAUAGUUCAACGCGAAAUGUUCGAAUUACAAGCAAAAGACAGAUAUGCAGGUGAUGCUGAAGCACAAUCGAUCGAUGAAGAUUAUUGCACAGCACUAGAAUAUGGGCUUCCACCUACAGCUGGAUGGGGCCUAGGUAUUGAAAGAUUAACAAUGUUACUUACCGAUAGUAAUAAUAUGAAGGAAGUUUUGCUAUUUCCAGCAGUUAAACCGUACAAUCAACAAUCGGAAGCACGGACUGAAUAA